AGUUGCCAUCCGAACGCCGCAUUGGUAACAAAUGAUCGCGAAGCGUGCGCCAAAGCCAGCUAGACACGGGGGAAACUUUUUGAAAUAGUUUUUAGAAAAAUGUAGAUGACAAUUCGAAAGUUAUUCGCUUAUAUUUUUGGGGUGUUUUUGAGAGUGAAAGAAGACUGACUAGUUGUUUUCUUUUUUAGUGGAGCUGUGAAAAUAGUGCCCUAGAAAAAAUGUGCGAAUUUUUAGUUUCCGAAAAACAGACAUUUACGAAAACGGCGACGGCAAAAAAAUAUGACUGCAGUAAGCGGUAAAAAUUAAUAAAGAUGUUAGAAGAAAGCGUUUGUAAAGUUUUAGAUAGAAAAUAUAAAAAUUCGAGGUAAUAGGAAAUUUUUCUAAUUAAAAAAAAUAAUUACCGUCCAUAAUUAGCAAAAAACAAAAUGGCUGUUUAUAAAAACUACUAUAACCGUAAAGCCCAUUGGACUAUCACAGUAUCCUGUUUGUACCUUCUUUGUAGUACCAUUUCUUGUACCAUAGUUAACGCUGAAAGGUUAAGGCACCCCCAUAUGAAGCGAAGCGGUGAACCAAGUUGGUCUCAAUUAGAAAAAUCUAGAAUAGAAGAUAGUUCAAAAAACUCCAUCCUCAAUUGCCCAAAUUGCCUUUUCGAAAACGAGUUAGAUAGAGAGAAAAAAGAGACAGACAGACUUAGAUUAGAAGCGAUAAAAAAGCAAAUUUUACAAAAAUUAGGUUUGAGGCAAAAGCCAAAUGUGACUCACAGUCUUCCAAAAGAUGUUAUUUUGGAAACGCUUUAUAGAGCUGAAGAUGAAGAGAAUGUAUUUCUAAGAAAUUUUGAUAGAGAAAAGUUUUCUACGACUAGCUCUAGGAAUAACAUCAUGGAAACAGUUGAUGUCGACGAUUUUUAUGGGAGAACAUCUGAGAUUAUAUCCUUUGCAGAGGAAGGUCCAAAGGUCAACCACAACCGAUUAUUGGAAUUUCGUGCCACCAUUCAGGAAUCCAAUCAAGUGGGUCAGGAAUUCCAGGUGAGGUCGGCGACGCUGUGGCUGAAGGCGGACGUGCAACAUCGCUACGGAACUACAUCGACGAACAUGUGUCGUACAACCGAUUUGUUCGUCUUUAAAGUCAUAUCGAGGACGUUGCCUGAAUCUAUCACCCUUAGUUCGAGAGAUUUCGAUCGCCUUACGUCAGACCCCAUUUCUAUAGCCUUAGAGGAGUCGCACACUGGCUGGCAGAAAGUCGACCUCACAGAAAUUGUUCGUGAAUGGUUAGCUAAGUCCAAAGAUCAAAAAUUAAAACUUUUUGUUGACUGUAGCUGUUGUUCAAAUUGGCACAUCCAUCUUUUUAACAAUAAAAACGAGAAAAAUCGAAAAACGAACAUCAAUAGGCCGUUUCUAGUUAUACAUACCGAUCCCAGUACAGCGAAAAGAGUUAGACGAAGAGCAAUAGAUUGUGCCGAAGAUUCUGGCAACACUUGUUGCAAACAACGAUUUUAUGUUAGUUUUAGAGCAUUAGGUUGGGACGACUGGGUAAUAGCACCUCAAGGGUACUAUGCAAAUUACUGUCGUGGUGACUGUGGACAUCAUCGUACCCCAGACACGUACGUCACGUACCAUACGCACGUCAUUGAGGAAGUGCGCAAAACGCAGCAUCUUUCAGGUAUGACACCAUGUUGCGCUCCCUUGAAAUUUUCCAGCAUGAGUUUAAUAUAUUACGGACCGGACUCGACCAUCAUCAAAAGAGACUUACCUAAGAUGGUAGUGGACGAAUGCGGUUGUCCGUAAAUAAAUUAAUCAAGUGAACUUGGUUUUUGAGUUUCAUUUACUGAGGAGCGAUUCCAGAAAAGUAUUGCUCUUAGAAAAAUAGUGACAGUUGAAGUAUUAAAUCAUAUGUUAUUAGUUUGUACGUAACAUUUGAUAUUUUGGCAAAGUGUAAAAAUAACAAAUUUCAGACGGG